UGCUCACUGUCUCUCUGUAAGCCAACAGCCACCACUUUCUCGUAGUGUUCUUCAUGCAGCUGGUACCAUGUUCCCCAGAGUGAUUUUGAAGGGAACUAUGAUUAAAAAAUCUCAACAAAAGAAAAGAACAUCACCAUGCAACUACAAAGAGAGGUUUUUCGUAUUGGACACCCAAGACCUGAAGUAUUCUGAACGCCGUCCAGGGAAAAAGCCCAUGAUGAAAGGUUGCAUUGAGCUGUACAGAAUCAAGUGUGUGGAGGUUGUGUGUAGUGAUGUGCCCAUACCAUGCAACUAUAAGUACCCUUUUCAGGUUUUUUAUGACAACCACUACCUCUACAUUUUUGCUCCAGACAAUGAUUGCCGUCAGAGAUGGGUCAGAGCUCUCAAAGAGGAGACAAAGCAUAACAAUUUGGUGGCAAAGUACCACCCAAAUUUCUGGAUGGAAGGAAAAUGGCGAUGUUGCCAACAAACAGAGAAGCUGGCGACAGGUUGUCAUGUAUAUGACCCAGUGGGUUCUGCAUCUAAAAAGCCACUUCCUCAACUCCCAGAUCCAGAGAUGAGACCAGAUGAUGCAGAACAGAUGAUGGUCAUCGCUCUGCAAGACUACACACCGCUCAGAGACGAUGACUUGCCUCUUCAGAAAGACCGGGAGUACAUCCUGAUCAACAGCUCCCACUCUGAAUGGUGGGCCGUAAAGAAUGACAGGGGGGACACUGGCUUUGUACCCAGCACUUACGUGGCUGAAAAAUCUGGCAACAACUUUGAGAGAUUUGAAUGGUACAACAAAAACAUAACCAGAGGGGAAGCAGAGGAUUUGUUAAUGAAAGAGGGGAAAGAAGGUGCAUUCAUGGUGCGUGACUCGAGACAAGCAGGAGUCUACACGGUGUCAGUCUUCACCAAAGCACCGGGGUCAAACGGGGAGAAGAAUCCGAGAGUGAAACAUUACCAAAUCCGACAGACAGAAGCGGGAGAGGCCACAUUUUACUUGGCAGAGAAGUACCUGUUCAGCACCAUUCCUGAGCUCAUCCAUUACCACCAGCACAACGCGGCCGGCCUGAUAACGCGUUUAAGACAUCCUGUCUCUCAAGGCGGAGGCUGCUCCCAGGACAUCGCCCAUCCCUCAAAAGAUCAGUGGGAAGUGGACCCCGAGGAGCUGAUCUUGGGUCAGGAGUUAGGCAGCGGCCAGUUUGGGCUGGUGCUGGAAGGCAGAUGGAAGGAGAGGCAGGUGGCAGUGAAGAUGAUAAGAGAGGAGUGCAUGUCGGACGAGGAAUUUAAAGAAGAGGCCAGAAUCAUGAUGAGACUGUCUCACUGUAAGCUGGUCCAGCUCUACGGUGUGUGCACCCAGCGUUCCCCCAUGUGCCUGGUGUCUGAGUUCAUGGAGAACGGCUGUCUGUCUGACUACCUGCGAGCCUGGAAAGGGCAUCUGUCUCAGGACGUGAUGCUGGGGAUGUGUCUGGAUGUCAGUGAGGGGAUGGCGUACCUGGAGAGCUCCAACUUCAUCCACAGAGAUCUGGCUGCCAGGAACUGUCUUGUUUCAAAGAACAAUGAGGUGAAGGUAUCUGACUUUGGUAUGACCAGAUUUGUGCUGGAUGAUCAGUACACAAGCUCGCUGUGCUCCAAGUUCCCUGUGAAGUGGUCGGCCCCAGAGGUCAUCAAAUACUGCAAGUUCAGCAGCAAGUCCGACGUCUGGUCAUUCGGUGUGCUCAUGUGGGAGGUGUAUAAUGAGGGCCGUCUUCCUUAUGAGAACCGCUCGAAUGCUGAAGUGGUGGAGUCCCUCAACGCGGGCCUGAGGCUCCUGAAGCCCCGCUUGGCCCCAGACGCUGUCCACCUGCUGAUGGAGUGGUGCUGGAAGGAGAAACCAGAAGAUCGUCCGUCCUUCGCUCUCCUCCUGCAUGAGCUGGCCUCAAUCUCAGAUCUGUGAAUCAAGAUAAGAGCUGAGGCUGAUGAAUAUAAAAAAGCCCUAUAUUUAUUUUAUUUAUUGAUUUAUCACCAGAAUUGUCACGUUUUUUCAAAUGUUAGUGUUUUUAUGAUUGAGAUAAUUAUACAAAACACAAAAGAGUUUCAAAUGCCUGGAUGUUGCACUUUUUCCGUUUCCUCUGUAGACUCACACUGUCCUUUCGCGCAGGUUUAUGCUCACGUUUCAGAUACUCUGUACAUUAAACAGGUGAGAUGUUAUGUUGUUCAACCCACUGUGAAUUUAAUGAAUCCACGUGAAAUGUG